AAGCCCACAAGCCAACAAUCUCUCCCGUACCAGCAGCAAUCUAACCUUCUAAUACCAUGCCUCGGCCCACCAAUUCUGACACCCAUGUUGCUGUCCUUGCCUUCCCCUUCGGCACCCACGCUGCUCCACUCCUCACCAUCAUCAACCGCCUAGCCGCUGCUUCCACAACCACUUUGUUCUCCUUCUUCAGCACUGCACAAUCCAACAACUCUAUCUUCUCCACCACGUCUCAACAAACGAAACCAAACAUUAAAGCCUAUAACGUACCGGACGGAGUUCCGGAUGGUUAUGUUUUUGUUGGGAAGCCUCAGGAGGAUAUUGAGUUGUUCAUGGAAGUGGCACCUGAGAACUUAAGGAAGGGAAUGGAAGUGGCCGUGGCAGAGACGGGGAGGAAAGUAAGCUGCUUGGUUACUGAUGCGUUCUUUUGGUUUGCCAAAGAGAUGGCAGAGGAGAAUGGUGUGCCGUGGCUACCCUUUUGGACUGCAGGGCCUUGCGCCCUCUCUUCCCAUGUUUACACUGAUCUUAUAAGGGAAAACUUAGGAGUUGGAGGCAUUGUUGGGCGAGAAGACGAAACCCUCAACUUCAUUCCUGGAAUGUCUAAUAUGCGCAUCCGUGACUUGCCUGAAGGAAUCCUCUUCGGAAAUCUGGAAUCAGUCUUCUCGCGCAUGCUACAUCGAAUGGGGCAAGUGCUCUUAAACUUUGACUGGGGAGUUAAGAUACGUCUCGGUUUUACUACUAGUGAUACAGCAUUUUUCACCCAUUGUUUCUCAUCUUUUCCCAAAAAUUUUAUAUUUGUUGAAAGCGGUGAAUCGUGA